AGGAGAGAGUAGCACUGAAUGGUGUGAGAGAGAGUGGAGGACUUAAAAAAAAGUCUACAGAAAAAGAGGUUCCUCUCUAAUUUCUGUCAAAGAAACAACAAAGCUUCGCGGCGGAGAGAUGUCAAACAGCGACGAAGAUGAGACGGAGUAAACAGCCACCGGACAGUUAGCGAAACAACUUGUGAAGAAAGGUUUUCGGCUGGCUCGAGUCGGGACGGUUGGCUCGUUUUCGCUCGCAACUUGAGCAGAUUUUGCGGGACGAGAGGCGAGGACCCAACAAGCGAGGUCUUGACCGCUUGGCUCGGAGGAAAGCGGUCGGUUUGGACGGUUAGCGGAGAGCCGGGGAAACGGACCGAGAAAGCGGCUGCGGCGGCGGUUUGAUAAGAGAGAGCUGCUCCAAAAGUUUGCCGUGUAUCUUCGCCUAGUUUUCCAGAUUGGGAACUAGAGGGGGAGGAAGAGGCCGAGAGACUGACUUUUCUUUCCACGAGUGUGGAAUUCAUCCUGUCUCACAAACUUUAGCUGUGUAGCUAAGAAGCUAAAGCAGAAAAAAUGAAAACACCUGGCGAAAGUGGGAUCGCCUUCCCAGAAUGGGCUUACAAGCCUGAGUCGAGCCCGGGGUCCAGGCAGAUCCAGCUGUGGCACUUCAUCCUGGAGCUGCUCAGGAAAGAAGAGUAUCAUGACGUCAUCGCCUGGCAGGGAGACUACGGCGAGUUUGUCAUCAAGGACCCGGAUGAAGUGGCCCGGCUGUGGGGGGCCAGGAAGUGUAAACCUCAGAUGAACUACGAUAAGCUGAGCAGGGCACUCAGAUACUACUACAACAAGAGGAUCCUCCAUAAAACCAAAGGCAAGAGGUUCACCUAUAAGUUCAACUUCAAUAAACUCGUUUUGGUCAACUAUCCCUUCAUCGACAUGGGCUCCACUGGAAGCAGUGUUCCUCAGAGUGCGCCCCCUGUGCCGACCGGUGCGGGGACUCACUUCCGCUUUCCUCCUUCGACUCCCUCUGAAGUCCUCUCCCCCAACGAGGACCUGCGCAGCCCCGGUGGCAUGUUCAGCUCUGUGGCCCGCCGAAUGGCACGGGGAUCCGUGAGCGAUUGCAGCGACGGCACGUCGGUCAAUUCUGAGAUUGAGGAGGGCAACACAGGGGCAGGGGAAGAGAGAGGAGAACGGGGUGUGAGUGGAGGAGGACCUGGUGGUGGUGGAGGAGGUUACCGGAGUAUCAUCCAUCCCCGUCUGUCUCAUGAAACCCUGUUCCGUAUGUAUGGAGGACCAGGUAACCCUGCCGGGCACCCAGGCUCCCGAGGCCACACAGGGCACAGGAUCCACCCAGAAUCCCUGUCGCCCUUCCCAGUGUCCCCUCUGCCAGGGCCGGGAGGAGCUGGCCUCCUAGCACCUCCCCUGUCUCCAGCACUCUCCAUGACCCCAACAUCUCACCUCCCCUACACCCCCUCACCAACUUUGUCACCCAUGUUAGGCUCCCACUUCUCCUUCAACCCAGAGGACAUGAAGCGCUACCUACAAGCUCACACCCAGUCGGUGUACAACUAUGGCCUCAGCCCCAGAGCUUUCCUUCAGUACCCCAACAUCGUCAUCCCGCAGCCACACCGGCCUGCGGCAGACAAGGCGGGUCUGACCGGAGAGAGAGGAGCAGCUGAGAGAGCCGAGAGAGCAGCGACGGCAGGGGGAGGAGAGAGAGGAGGAGAACGGCACCACCAUCCACCUCUGGCUCACUCCGCCCACCACCACCCGCAUCCUCCUCAUUCUGCCCACCCUCACACUCAUCCUCAUCCCAUGCACCACCCGCUUCACCUGGGCGAGGAGCCUCCGCACAUGUCUCCCUUCAAGUUCAAGCUGCAGCCGCCACCACUGGGGAGGAAGCAGAGGGAGAGUCAAAGCCAGAGUAAACCCAGGCAGAGCUCACUGUCCUCAGGAUCUGGGUCCAUGUCGUCGACAUCUGGCCUGGGCUCCUCGCUGUCGUUCGGCAGUGACCUUAGCUCAGCCAGCGGCUCAGGUCUCAUCUCUGCAUCCUCCUCAACGCAGUCCCUCAACAGUGCAGGACUUCCCAAGAUAAAGGUGGAGCCCAUCUCUGACAUCGAGUCAGAGGAAGAGGUUGAGGUGACUGACAUCAGUGAUGAGGACCCAGAUGAGAGAGACGACGAGUUUGAGCUCUUCUCCACACGCCACAGAGCGCCUGACCACCACCACCACCACCACCACCACCACCACCACCUGGCCAAUGGCACAGCCGCGCCCCAACAUCAACCCCAUCCUGAUGAGGACCUGGACGAGGACGUCUUCAAAGCCCCUGCUCCGCCUCCACCUGGCCUGAUGCCCUUCUUCACCUCGCAGCACACACACUCCAAUGCGCAUCGCCUGCUGCCCACCCUUAAGAGCGAACCGACCGAACCAGGGGACGGCAACACCCCCCCACCUCAGACGGGUUCAGCAGGAGCUCCCCAGACAAAGUGCAUCCCUCUCAAGCUGCGCUUCAAGAGGCGCUGGAGCGAAGACCAGCGCAUGGAGGCCUCGCAGGAGGAGUCUGACGACAAGAAAGUACGACCAGAGGAGGAGCGGGAAAGAGAGAGGCAAAGUAAUGGACGGAUGGAGAUGGAGGAGGAUGGGACAGGGAGCGGAGAAGGGGACAGUCCUCCCCCGUUGACGUACGAGGGCUCUUUAGCCACGCCGUUGGCCUCACAGCGGAGGGUGAGCGCUGAGCUGCAUCGUGCCACUGCACAGCUGUCUCUGGAGAACAAAGACUGCUGAUGAGAGACUCAGCCCAAACACUACUGCUCUGGUAGCACUGGAGGUGGCACAGGAGUAUGUAAAUGGCCCCUCUGUAAUCCCUCCCCACACUGACAAACUAGAUUCCUGAAACCUCCAGUGAACUGAGAGCACAGUCCAACAUACACGCAUAGAAAACCAACACCUCAAAGUAGGCUUGGGUGGUAUCUACUUGUUCAUACCUUCCUGGAAUGUCACCAGGGUUUACGGUAUAUGAAGGUAUCGGUGUGUGGCGCUAACACGCCCCACGACCCCUUGGCACCACCAACUGACGAGUUUGCGAUGUUAUUUAGGCUAUCUUGCCAUUUUCAGUCCACUCUAUACACAGUACACACACAAAACAUCUUUUAAAUUCACGUUUUUCUCUUUUAACCCCAAAAAGAACUUCCACAUCGCAGAACCUGUUGUUAUUGUUUUGUUUUUGUUUUUUUUCAGCGCCCAUGUUACCAGGUUAGAGCAGCUUCACUGACAGCGUGAGCAGCACUUGUCAUCAAGAGAAAUGGAGUCUUGAUGAUUUUUUUGGCAUGACGUGCAUGGUUUUCAGCAAAUACAGGCAGUGAAAA